AUGACAAAAGCUACUGAAACUGGUUUAACUUUAUUUGCAUUGUCUGCUAUUUAUUUUGCAUUAACAACAGGAGUAAUUCCAACUCCAACAAAAAUACAUGAUGAAAUUUUACCAUUUUUACCGUGGUGGGCAUUAGUUUCAUUUGGUGCUUAUGCUUUAUCAACUUUAGGUUGGGGUAUAGUUACAUUUAAAGAUAAAGAAGAUAAAUAUAAAGAAUUGGUUAUACAAAUAGAAGAAGCUAAACAAUUUUAUAAACAAGAAGGAAUUGAUUUGGAUUAG